UUAAUCUGUUUAUGAUUUUCUUUCUUUGCUUUUUCGGGUUCUUUUGGGUGCGAUUUAGGCCUUUAAUUACAGAAAUGGAAUGGGAUCUCUUGCUUAUGAUUGAUUGAUCAAUGAGCAUUUAGAUUCGGUGGAUAUUGAUUUUGAUUUUGAUUUUUGAUUUUUUUUCUAUGAAAUGUGGAUGUGUUGCUGAGUGUCCAUUUUCUUGAAUACUCCUUUUUUUUUUUUUUUGGUGUACAUAUCCAUUUUCUUGAAUAUAUGUAUUGUUGUCAUCUACUCUUGAGGUCUCCUACUUGUUGACUUUCAGUACCAUGGCUUUGACUGAUUAUUCUUAUAUCUGACUGGAACACUUUCCUUUUCUUUCUUCUUCAAAGUUUUCUUCAUCCUAUUAUUUAUCUAGGUCUUGGAUAUAGUACCAAAGGGCUUUUUUUUUCCUAAUUUUUUUUGGCCUUCCAAACAUGCAAGGAUUACUGGAUUAGAGCUAAUCCUCCUUUGAUCUGUGGAUGGAUUUCCAUUCUGGGUGCUGGACUUUUGGUGUAUUGAAAAUUUUCUCGGGCGAUUUGAGGUUUAAGGACAAUGUUGAGGAAGAGGACCAGAUCACAGAAAGAUCAACAGAUGGGUCAACUGAUGCCUGAUUCAUCAUCAGAGUCCCAUUUAAGCUCUGGUGUUUUUGCUCAGAAACACAAAGUCAGUUCCUUCUUCAAUGUCCCUGCUCUGUUUGUUGGGCUCAAUCCUAAGCAAUCAGAAUCUGAUUCAGUUAGAAGUCCCACUUCUCCACUUGAAUUUCGGGUCUUCUCGACUCUGAGUAAUACCCUUAGGUCUCAAAGAUCAUCUGAGGGACAUCAGAAGAGCUGGGGUUGUAGUAAAGUAGGCCUAAGCAUUAUUGAUGCUCUUGAUGACAAAACUAAGCGGCUCGGGAAUCUUCCCAUACCCUCUAAGAGUAAAAAUAUAAUCUUUGGACCACAAAUGAGUUGCAAGACACAGAAUUUUCUAAACCAUUCUGACUCUUUUGGUGCAGCUAAGUCGUUGCCUAAAAACAUUCCAAUUUUCCCUUGUACUGAGCCUAAACCAUUCAAUCUCCAUAAUGACAGUUCUUAUGUUUUGUUUGGAAUUGGAGAUGCCCCAUUGGAGGAGGGUAUUUCGUCUGCAAAUAUGCGCUCUCGCUCACUAGAUUCAGGAAGAUCUGGGUCACAUUUUGCUAGUUUUGCAAGCCGUAAAUCUAACUUGCACUCUGGGAGUUUUGGUACUGAACAUGGAAUAAACUCAGCAAUUUCUCAAAAUGUCAGAGAACUGUCAAAGUUGGGCAACUCAUCAGGUGCAAAGCUGCGCUCGAUGCCAGUGCCUGCUGGUUCUAUUUCAACAAGUAAGAUAGAGCUUUCUGAGGAUUAUACCUGUGUAAGAACCCAUGGCCCCAAUCCUAAGGUGACCCAUAUUUUUUGUGACUGCAUUUUAGAAUGUCACAACAAUGAAUUCACCAAUUUUUCAAAGAAUGGUGAAGAGGAAAAUGGGUUGUCAAAGGGGCCUGGCUGCUGUGAAGAACACUUUUCAUAUCCCUCAAGUGAUUUCUUGAGCUUCUGCUAUACAUGCAAGAAGAAAUUGGAUGGCAAGGACAUAUUUAUAUACAGGGGUGAGAAAGCAUUUUGUAGUUCUUCUUGCCGCUCUGAGGAGAUUUUGAUUGAUGAGGAAAAGGAGAAAACCAAUAAAGGUGGUGAUGAUUUUGAAAAGCCAAACAGCCGCGAGGAACCUUAUGAGAGCAGUUUGUUCAUUGCUACAUAGGACACUGCGUUGUAGUCACUAGGGCCAUGAUUGAUGAGAUUGUCACACAGGGUAGACACCAUUUAUCAUCUGUUUCCUAAGAGCUGUUUUAUGUGGAUCUUUCUGCAGCCAUGGAUGAUUGUAGUGUGCACUGCUCCUGAAUUUCAUUUCUCAUGGUCUUGGUGUGAGACGGUUAAACCUUGAUUUUGCAUAAUUCUAACUUUGAUAUGCUAUAGUAGAGUUUCCUCUGGAAAUCUCUUCGAGGAGAAGGGCUGUAGUACACCCUUUUGGCUCCCCAAAUUUUCGUUUUUGUUCUUCUGUAGUGGCAGAAGUUGAUAAGCCUCACCCAACUUUUCUAAAUGAAUAUUAAUGAUUUUAUGUAUACCUCA